AGGGCAUCGGGUUAUUUCUGCGUACAGUUCGCGCCUCAAUUUCAAACGUGAAGUGACCGUUUAUAAGCUGGACCUCUUCUGGUGGUAGGCUAAUAAAUUUGAACAGUUUAAGUUUCACAUUAAGAGAAACAAAACUUUUUUUUAAAUAACUUAACAAUGGCAACUUACCGUAAAUUACUCUACACACCGAACUUCAGCUCUCAGACGUCCCAAACGGACAAGACAUCAUGGUGGACCGGGGAAAAUAACAAACACAAACUGAGUAGGAAUAUUAACAGGCUAACUGAGGCGACUCCCUCACCCUUGCUCUUCACCAAAAGUCCAGAAAUAACACCUCUUUUUUUAAAAAAGAUGAAAACAAACCAUCUUUUGAGGUUUUACUCGAAUAUGAGGACCUCGCAGAAAUCUACGGUUAAUCUGAGGGCAUCCGAAGGCGGGAAAAUACAGCGCGCCGAACGUGACGCUCAUACAGGGCCCUCAUGUGAUACUUUUGGAUUCCCACAAAGAGAUGCUCAAGCUGAGGAAAUGUCCCAAACAAAACAGGAUGUAUUGAGGACAAUCAAGAAAAUGGUAGAGGAGAACAGGGUCAUCAGAGAGCGGUUACUCACCUUGAGGCAGCUGAGUCAAAGCAAAUGAGGUGGUACCACUUGCAGUGAAUUUUAAAGAGGAUUUAAAGAAUGCUGUUCACAUGGCAAAGUCAUUUAUAGGGCAACAGGAUGAGCUUUUAUUUGUGCACCUUUUAAUAUGAUUGUUCACAAACAGUUAUAUUGCCUAAUAAGUUCCAUAUAUGAGUUUAAAAUCUAAAUUCUCAGUACAAAAAUGGAAAAAGUACUUACAGAUUACCACUAGAUGGUGAUAUUUCCAAAAUUAAGAGCAGCUAUAAACUGCAGUGAGGCUCCAACAUCCAUGCUUUACUUUUUAAUUGUAUUUACUAGUUGUUGUUUUGUUAUUUAUUGAUAUUCACAAAGAGAAUGGCCUUCCUUUGUGUUUUUUGUUAAAGUGUUAAUUCAUGCCAGUAAAGUAGUAAACCUAUGUUGUUUGAUAAAUUAACAUUAAAUGACUUAAAUGA